ACCAGUAACACGCUGUGUCACACCUCCACGCACUUGCACUGUCUAUUUUUCGCAUUACGUCCUACGUCACACUGCACUAGAUUUCACUGAAGAACCCAGCGGCGUCACGCCUCAUCGCACAAUUCACACGCCACCCGGCUCUAACCAUGGCUUCGGUGAAUGAUGAACAAAACCUGUUUAAGGGUAUGAACGAGGUGAAGACAUCCCUCGGUAGUUUUAUCACUACGGAAAGCGUUAAUUCAGAUAACACUGGCUACCAAAAAUCCGUAUCUGAGAUCCACCCAUCACAGAAGGAAACGCCGCAUGAAGAUGUACCUGUUGCUAGCAAGAAUGAUAAUGUACGCGCUGGUGGGGCUACGACAAACAUUGGUGAACACACCGAAGAAAUAAAUGUCACUUACCCCCACAUCAGUCUGCAGCCGGCAAAGAAGAAACUGUCAUCGCUCGAGUCACAGCGAGUGAUGAACGUGUAUAUUGACAUGGUGGAAAGAGCCGUGUUGGUAGGUAUGUUUCCAUUUGUCUUGGAGAAUUUGCACCUCUUCGAGGACGCGUUCGACGAUCACUUGAAAGCGUGUUUUAAGAACCACGCCGACCUCCAGGCAUCCUACACGGAAACGCGGCGUGAGUUUCUCACGUUUUGCCGCAGAAUGCGUCGGUCCGCCCAGCCGCAGCCGAAAACUAUAGACCUUACUGCCGAAGCUGAGAAAAUGAAAAAGCUUUCGAAUUGUGAUUUUGAGGGUGAAGAAGAGGAAGAGAGUACCGUUGUUAUGACUAGUGAAGAUGACACUGAUAUUCACUAUAGGCAUUCCACAAGUGAUGAUGUAGAUGGUACGGACAUGUACCAUGAUGGCGAUGAUGAAUAUGAUGCCAGCAUUGGGAAAGCCAGGAAAAAAAAUAGCUACGACAGCCAUAGCAACUGGAUGCUUAAGGAAGAUGAGGAUGGGGAUUACCCUUUGCAAUCCUUAUCGUCGAGUGCUUCGCCCUACAGCGUCGACUCCUCGGUGGAAAUGAGGGAGAGCAGCGACGAAAGCCUGAGGGCUCACGAACUCGGCCGCCAGCUGUCGAACCUCGCCGACCGGCUGGGCAACUCCUGUAAGAAUAUACUGCGCGCGGUAAACGAGAACACGACGGCCGAGAAGGAGAUACUGAGCUACAGGGACAACAUGUCGCCGGAGCUGCAGGAGUUUGUGAGCAAACUCAACGAGCUGAAGAGCAUUUUGAGAAUCCGCCUGCUGACCACCCCUCUCGAAGAAAAGGAGCAAGAUGAAUACCUGAAAGAAACGGCAGAGAAAGCGGUUCAGAACAAGAAGCUUAUUGAAAAACUUGAGAAAGAACUGGCAGAGGUAACAGCGGCCAAGGACGAGCAGGUGAAACAGAAGACUAUGAAAAUACGCAAACUACAAAACGAUAUCCAGCAGAUUGACAAAUCGGCCGUAGAGAAUAUCCGUCGUGUGAAGGCCGAAGCGGACAACACCAUCGCUACCGAGAUGAAAGGCAGUGAGAGCAAGACCCAGGCCGUCUACCAGGAACUGGUCCACGCCAAAGCGAAUCUUGCAAACCAAACGACAGCGCACAGAGAGAACGAACAAGAUUUACGAAGGCGAAAGUUCAAGGCAGAAACUGAAGUUGAAAAUUGGAUACAAAAAUACGACCAAGACAUGGGACAACUGCAGGAAGAAAUUGAGACCAUUGAAAAGAUCUACUCCGAAGAGAAGAGACAAUUGAUGGAACUGGAGGAACGGUUCAGAAGUUUGGAGAUUGAAUACAGGAAAAUCAGGAGAGAGAGGGAGGACACAAAGAAGUGGAAAGAAGAGACGGAUAGAAGGUUGGUGCGCAUGAUGAGGGCGGCGACCACGAUCCAGGCAUUUUGGCGCUCAUAUAAGGUGCGGAAGAUGCUGAAGGUGAGAAAGAAAAAAGGGGGAGCAGGCAGCGGGAAGAAGAAGAAGAAGAAGAAGAAGUAAUCGCCGUGACGAUAGGGUCCCCCCAUCAUCG